UUUUCUCCCCCAUCGAGCUGGGGACUGCAAUCGAUGAACAGCGACGCACCUACGGAUUAGAUAGCCAAGAUAGACUCGCAAAGCAAUUAUUGGAACACCAAUCUCGUGUGAAGAAACACAUCACCGUGCGUCACAUGUCAGCCAUGGUGGCCCCCUCACUCGUCGCGGCUUCAGAGGUCGAAGAUAUCAAACUGCACGUCAAGAGCGGGCACACCACCAUCGACGAGGCACUCACAGCUGCAAGAGCCCGCUUCGUCGAGAGAAACCCCAACAGCCUGAAGCUGCACGAAGAAGCGGUUAAAAGCCUCCCCGGCGGUAACACCAGAACCCUCCUGCACAACGCGCCGUUCCCCGCCUUCAUUAAGAGUGGCAGAGACUACCAAGUGACUUCCGAAGAUGGACAUACAUACUCGGACUUCGUCGGGGAAAUGACUGCGGGACUCUAUGGACACUCGCAGCCGGCAAUCCAGUCCGCACUUAUCAGUGUCAUCCAAGAGGUCGGUCUCAGCCUGGGCGGUACCACCAAGCUGGAGUCGCAGCAUGCAGCGUUGCUGUGCUCCCGCUUCCGCCUCGACAGGAUUCGUUUCACCAACUCCGGGACUGAAGCCACCCUCCACGCCAUCGCGGGCGCGAAGGCGUACACUGGCAGAAGCAAGGUCGUCGUCUUCACGGGGGCCUAUCACGGCGCCUGCUUCAUGUUUCCGCGGGAUGUUCCCACGCCAAACGUGAUCGACAGAUCUGGAUGGAUCAUCGCUGAGUACAACGACGUGGAGGACGCAAGGCGGAAGAUCGAGGACGAGAGCCCCGACGACGUAGCUGCAGUCCUUAUCGAAGGCAUGCAGGGUGCGGGACCAUGUAUCGUCGGCCGUUCUGACUUCCUGUUGCAGGUCCAGGCCUCCGCCAGGAAGAUCGGCGCCGUAUUCAUUCUCGACGAAGUCAUGACGAGUCGGCUGGCACCUGGAGGGCUCCAAGAGCUUGAGGGGCUUCGUCCAGACCUCACGACCAUGGGCAAGUAUCUCGGUGGCGGCGUGUCGUUUGGGGCGUUUGGUGGCCGGGAAGACGUCAUGCGGGUGUACGACCCCAGAGAAGGGAACGCGCUGGCGCAUUCGGGGACGUUCAAUAAUAACACGCUCAGCAUGAUGGCUGGGCACGCUGGACUGUCGAAGGUCUACACCCCGGACGUCGCUAGGGAGUUCAACAGCAUGGGAGAUUCUUUCCGUCAGAGGUUACAGGCAAUCAGCCAAGGUACCAAAUUGACCGUCACGGGGCGGGGAAGUCUGCUAGGCGUGCAUUUCUUGACAGAUGGGAGGAAGGAAUUGAAUAGCUACAGGGAUAGGAAGGACGAUGAGGGACUGAAGGAACUGUUUUGGCUCGAGCUGAUGGAGGAUGGCUUCUGGUUGCAGAGGAGGGGAAGCAUAUCGUUGAUGCUCCCAACGCCCAAAGAGGAAAUCGAUAGGUUUGUUCACUGCGUGGAGGAUUUCUUGACGAGACAUGCAAGUUUGGUGAGAUUGCCAUCAUAGUAUUCUAUACGGACCCAUGGAAUUUUGAUAACUAUAUCGACAAUAACCUCACGAAGUACUAAUUGCUCC